GGUUUAAGAGGACCUGAAGGUGUGCCUGGUUUUCCUGGUCCAGAAGGUCCUCAGGGACCUCAAGGCUAUAAAGGCGAGAGUGGUAAGGAAGGUUCAACAGGAUCAAAAGGCUACCGUCGUGGUAACCCAGGUCCUCCUGGUCGUCAAGGUCCACCUGGAUUACCUGGUCUUAAAGGACGAAAUGGUCUACCAGGCCAAGGGGGGCCCGAAGGUCUACCUGGUAUACCUGGUCUUCCAGGUCUAGAUGGUAUUCCUGGAGAACCUGGUAAACCUGGAGAACAAGGUAAAGAUGGUUUACCUGGAUUACCAGGACUUUCUGGUUUACCUGGUGAUCAAGGAGAACCUGGAACCACAAUAGUAGGUCCUGAUGGUUUACCUGGCGUACCUGGUUUAGAUGGGUUACCUGGCUUGCCAGGAUUCCCUGGUGACAAUGGCCUCCCUGGUUUACCUGGUAUCCCUGGUGAGAGUCUAUUUAAAAUAGGUUUGCCUGGAUACCCAGGUCAGCCUGGUAACCGAGGUCAACCUGGUAUUCCUGGUAGAGAUGGUUUAGACGGUCCCCCAGGAUUCAAAGGUAAAACAACACCCCCUGUCAUUCUUAGUUUUAGUUUUAGAAUUAUGGAGUCAUGGAUAAAACUUCUUUAA